AGUGUACCUUCUGGUAGCCGUUCGAGUUGCAUUGAGAACUGUCGUGACGCCCGGUAGUCAAGACGAAACUACAGAAGAAAUGUAAUUACGAUGAAAUAGCCAAAAAAAUUGCAGUGACCAUAACCAAUGAGUGACGGUCGGGCGUGCAAGCGCCUGCUGCACCCUGACGAGCAAACCUACAAACAUAUUCUCCGCGGUGAACAACUUCUUCGCUGAUUCGCCUCUGGUGAAUCAGCUUAAAGGUAUCAUGACGAGGCAAGUAAGCAGCAGUGGUGAGCCGGGACCACCUGAUGAAUCUUCACGUCCGGAGAGCCGGGGUCCGCAGUCUGUCGCUCUCAGUCCUUCGGAGAGUCGUCUAUCACAACGUUCGAUUUCACCCCCGAGAUCGCAACGGCAGGUGGCCUUUCUGAAGCCAGCAGCUGACAACAACUUGAACAGAAAGGCGUCCAUCAUUGACGAGACAACUGGCAUCUCACGAACACAAAUGAAAGAAUUCCGGGAAGCAUUCCGUCUAUUCGAUAAAGAUGGAGACGGAACUAUCACGAAGGAGGAACUGGGGCGGGUAAUGCGCAGCCUUGGCCAGUUCGCAAGAGUGGAAGAGCUACAGGACAUGCUGCAGGAGGUUGACAGUGAUGGGGACGGCAAUGUCAGCUUCGAGGAGUUCGUGAACAUCCUCUCCAAGUCGAUGUCAGCAGGGGGCGGCAGCAGUUGCGCUGAACAAGAGGAGCGGGAACUGCGCGAUGCCUUCCGCGUGUUCGACAAACACAAUCGAGGGUAUAUCUGCGCAUCUGAUCUGAGGGCUGUGCUGCAGUGUCUCGGCGAGGAUCUCUCGGAGGAGGAAAUCGAAGAUAUGAUAAAAGAAGUCGAUUCUGAUGGCGAUGGGCGUAUUGACUUUUUGGAGUUCGUCAGAGCAUUAGGUGAGCCCGAGGACGCCUGCGACGAUGAAGAAGACGAAGAAGUGACCGAUGGAACCGACGUGAUUUUCCAAAGAUCUGUUACGGCAGUUUAAAAUACCGUUUUGACUUCUCGCCUGACUUUACAAUAUAGGCUUAAGGUCUUGCUCUUUUAUAACUAAUAUAUUUAUAAUAUUUCGCGAUGUUUACUCUCUAUUGGGUAUUUAUUCCUAUUGAUUAUUCUUUGGUCAUAGAGGAAGGAUAACAUAGCGUAAAUUUUUCGUCUAUAAAACGUGCCAAUUCUAUGUAACAUGAUUACAAUUUUUGUAGUUUUUACAUAGUAAGUUUAAAGUCAGUAUCGUGAUUAAUAUAUUUGUAUCUUUUAACGAUAACUUUAUACUUCAAAUAACAUUCAAGUAACAUAUUUUACUAUUGCUGUUGUUUGACCGAAAGCGGGGUAGAUAAUCGGAACAAUUUUGAAACUUGGUAUCAUAGAGUAGUAAACCUUAGUAACCAUAAAGAGUAGAUAAGUUAGGGUUGCCAACCCCAAAUUUAAAUAACUAGGAUUUGAAGUUGGAAAAACCAGGACAAAUCAGUUUAAAAACAGGACGCACUAAAGGCCUUGUCAAACAUAACUGCGAACCGAACCGUACCGACAACGUGGCGAAUGUAUAUACUAUGUAUGCAAGUAUCUAAAUUGAAAUCAUACCAUACAUUAAAAAGUAAAAACGCCGCCGCGAGGCCGCCCGUAACGUAAGGAUUGUAAGUGGCUCGCGAAUUUUAAAACAUAUGACCUUAUCAGGGCGCUUUAAAACUAUCCAGGACAUCCCAGGACACUACAAAAACUAGGACAUGUCCUGGGAAAAUAGGACGGUUGGAAACCCUAAGGUAAGUACAUGACACGGAAGAGUCAGCGUUGUGGGAUAGUCGUAGCUACGUUACUACAUAGUAUAUAUCUAUUGAAGCUCAAAAAACGAUUUAAAAGUAUUCGGAUUUUCGAACUUACAUGCCAUUUACUUAUAUGUCUUCUUUUUCAUAACACUCGACAAUAUUUAAUCACUUUGGCCGAAACCUGAAACAUUAUAAGACGGCCAACGUGUGAUGCAUGCAUUUGAAAACAAACGUAUCUUACUGAAUUCAUAAUUUAUUUUAAUUUCUCAUAUGGUGUGGUGUUUCUUAACUAAAUCUGUUAUCUCUUUCUCUCUUUCACACACACAUGUGCAACAUGCACGAGACGAAAUGAAACAAAGCGAUCAUAAGCCAUAAUUUCAUAGUUACACUCGCGCAUACCUGAUAGCGGAUACUGCACUGCUCGUUUUUUUUUUGUUGUGCAUUGGUUAGUCUUGGAAAUCUAUGAAUGAAUUUGACAAUUAAACAAAAUUGGAAUGCGGCUGAGAAGUUUUGCUGCUUUUGUGGCUCUCCAAUAAUAUGGUGUUAGUCUUUGAUGAAUUUUUUGAAAAUUACAUGAAUAUGAACAAAGGUCUGUUGUACGUUGUAACCUACUCCUCAAAAUCAUACAUAUUGUUCAUACUGACAUAGGUAAGAAUAGGGUAUACAAUAUACCUACAUAUUAUUUAUCCACUAUCAAACCCAACUUUAUUAUUGUUGACAAUUUUAACAUGUUAAUGUGAAUAGGAUAUCUGGAAAUGGUAUGAAUUAUAAAUUAGUUAUACAUAUAUUCAAUUUCAAUGUCCUUCAAUGUGUUAAUUGCUACACCCCGUAAACAAAAUACAUGUGCGACUAUAUUCGUUAAUUUUAUUGCAUUAGCUACCUACUUUGUAUAGGCAAGUCUGUUAUUUUGCGGGAAAUAUUGCGGAGAAAAAGAAAGAUGUUGUGGGAAGUUAGAAUAUAACUUUAAAAUAUGAUUCAACCAAUUAUUCCUCUUAUAUAGCUGUAGCACAGAGCUUUCAAUACUUUUAAAUGGUUCAUAUCAAUUUUAUCAAUUUAUAUAAGUAGGUACAAUUAUCAACACUGUUAUAUCAAUAGUUUAUAAAAUAAUAUGUUUUAAUAUUGUAUUGUUGAUUUUUGAAAUAGAUUUUUUAUCGUCUUUAAAUUAUUUCAUUUAGUUAAUUAUGAUCGGCCUAUUUUAAUUAGCUAUCAAUACGCAAGUCUUGUGUUGAUGAGUGUACGCUAUUUAAUACUAAGUAGGUAUGUACUUCAAACUAUUUUGAUUAAUAUUGAUGUUGUGAGGCGACCAAUAAAAUAAAUUAAUUAUAUUAUCUAUUAUAGA